UCACCGCCGCAGACCGCAGGCCGCCCGGUUCCGCCGUCUCCGCCUUUGACACAGACAGGCAGGGGGACAACGUGUUGGUAGAGAGAGGUGUGCAACAUGCACUCUCCACCGACGGUUCAGAUGACGAGGUGUCCGGUUUGCGAGGGCUCCGGCAAGACCGGCACCACGCUUGGCUUUGGCGGCACCACUUGCGCGCUCUGCCACGGCAAAUGCUUCCUGCGGACAGAGCCAAACCCUUGCCCGUGUUGCAACGCCACCGGAGGGUUCCCGUCGUGGCUUGGGUUGAAAUGGAGCACUUGCCGCUUGUGCCACGGGUUGAAGUAUCUCAUCGACAAGCCGCUGCCGUGCCCCAAGUGUCGGGCCACUGGACAGAUCAAGGGUCUUGGAGGGGUGUUCUCGACGCCGUGCGACCUGUGUGAAGGGCAGCGUUACACCUGGAGUCCUCACAAGCCUUGCAUCAAGUGCUACUCCUCCUCCUCUUUUUAUAAGUACUUUUUCAAGUGCAUCAACUGCAACGGCAUCAGGUACUCCCUCGACCCCCAGUACCUGUGUCCGCGCUGUAACAGCACCGGGCGCUUGAGGGCCUACGGCUGCACUCUGUGCUCUGGGCACGGGGUCAUCCACCAUGAUGUGGCCGCUUGUGCCAAUUGCAACGGGGCGGGAGAAGUCAAGCGGACGCUCAGUCUCCUGCUGGGGAACCAAACGUGCCCCACCUGUCAAGGCCAGGGGUACUUUGCCAUCUACGGGGCCCCUGCCCCGGCAAUGCAACCCCCGAACAGGGGUAAGCGAGGCCGCGAGGACGAAGACGACGACCAAGGGGACGACUCGGAAGACGGCCGGGCGGAGGGCGGUAGGGUCGUCGGAGGCAGCGAGCCCCGGCCGCGGGUGAAGCAACGAACGACCCCGGCCGACAAGGGCCGGAGGCUGACCAUCUCCGGCCUACCAAGGCCAGAACAGCAGGCGCCCCCGGCAAAACCAAUCGCUCGGGAUGACACGGACAUCCGCCCCAACGGCGGGUCGGGGGCCGGGGACGGGGGCGAGGCGGGGGUCUUUAGGCUGGGCGUGACGACGCCUGUCAAGUCCAACGGGAACCGCCGUCGAUCAUAGGGUAUUAUUCUCCCCCUCCCCCCCCCCUAAAAAUCACACAAAACAGCAUGGAGUUAUUUUCUCCGCCCCCUUAAAAACACAACAAACAGAGGAGAGUAUUCUUCACCCCCGAAGAAAACACAGCAGCGGGGUGGCUGGUAAUUCGUUAUUCCUGCCGAGAUCGCCUGUUGUACAUGUUUGCGAGGCGGUGUAUUUGCUUGAAGAAAAGGCCGAAACUGUUGUGGUUUGUGUCGACAAGCUGUUGCAAAGCUUGUCGUCUUUACGUUGUAAGUGUGUUUGAUCAACCGAAUCCCCGAGACUUUUGAAAGAGUCGUUUGGGUGUGAAGGUUGAUGGUGAGCGUGUGAUUGCUCUCGCGUGUUGUGUGUUGUUUUCGUUUAUUUAUCUUUGUGUUGAGGUAUUCGUGCGAUGGAUGGUUUAAUUCGAUCCUUCGUACGUUUUUGUUGUUGGGGAUAACUUUUUUUGCUGGUGCUGGUGUUUAGUUCCUUGUGUUAUGGGUUUCGCUAGACCAACCCAUGGAUUUUGACCUGAGUAUCCUUCGGUCCUUACAGAAAAAGAAAGACCCGACGGAAUGACACUGGGCAUUUUCGCGGUUCGCUGGUUGUGAGCAGUAUCGAACUCC